AGGUGGUUUGUGUGACCGUGUUGCAGUCUCAAUGCCGACGCGACUCGUACGUCCAUUCAUGGAAAGAGCAAGAUGACUCGAACAUCCCGUCCAUCUAUAAUAUAAUGCAAUGCAAUGACAGUCUAAUCCACUUUGCGUUUAAUUACAUAAGUGAAUGAUUCUCAGUUUCAUUUUACCAGAUAUAACACACGGCGAGAGGAGGUCACGCAUCGGGUGGACGAUCUCAACGCCUUCUUUUCAUUUACUUCGAGGGGCCACGCCGACCUCUCUUUUACAUUCGAGGAUUCAGACGAGAUCCGAUCGAACACAGGAAACACGUCGAUUGCGGCAGGUCACAAAGAACGACUCUGAAGAUGGCCUACAUUACCUAGUCUUAUCGUUGAAAGGAACAGCACUGGCAGCCGUACGAACGAUUUGAUUGGAAAAGGAAAGGCCCGGAGAGGCUACAGAAAAAAAAAAAAAUGGGUCAAGCGUGGUGUAAAGAGAAAACCUCCAAGGCCCAGGACUCCAAGUCUCCGUUGGAUCGAGUUUUUGUACGAUGCGCGCAUCGGAUUUAUCCAAGUUUAAAGGAAGAAGGCUCGGUCUUAGGAGGCGCCACGCAGAGAGUUACGAGUUCCGAAAUAGGAUACGCCGGUUCACCACCGAGGGAAGUGCUCACGAGGGGACGGAGCAUAGACUCUGUGGACAGACCCUUUCAUCCUAGCGAUUGGGUGGACGUCAAUCUCGAAGUACCCAGCCCGCCCAGAGCGGACUCAACUCUCACGAACUCGAUCGUCGACACUAGUCUUGGUCCCGCUGUCACACCUACAUUCAACUGUGCCAAUCUGAAGGACGUCACUCCUGUGCCACCACCGAGACGAAAAAAAAGAAAUAGGAGCAGACCCUUGCCGCCAAAACCGGACGAGAUUCCUGAGAACGUGACCAAUAAUUUGAGACGCGGCGAUACGAGUGAGGAACCGUUAUAUUUCUCGGUCAGAUCGCCGAAGACGAAUAACAACAACCAGAAUGGUGAAGUCGAGACAUGGGAAACGGAAAAGACUUGCACGGAUGAUCCGAAGUAUGACGGUCGAAAGACGAAAGAGAUUUACGAACAUAAGGUUAAUGGCACCGGAAGGAUAAUAUCCAGCGAGGUGGUUUCCGGCAAAAGGACGCCUGCCGACAAGAAAACUUCGAGGACUUCGGAGUCGAACUACCAUCACCGGAAAGUUCUUGAGAACGAGGAAUACGAGAGAUUCGCCCGGAAUCAGUCGAUCAAGGACUCUUCGACUCCUAAUCGCCAGGACAGACGAAAGUCGAAGGAGCUCGAGAGGCGGAUCAGGGAUCCCUCGAGGGACGACGACAGACCGGAAGCAAAUACAAGGACGAAGAACUAUAGCACCGUUAGCUUGCCGAAUUACGAUGAGCUGGACGUGUCUAGGCAUCCUGUAAAAGACAUGGCGAACGACGAGGAAAGAGUAGAAGAAAAAAUGAAAUCAAAGAGACCCGUCAGAAGCAGCACUGUCUCGCUUCCGGCCGAAUCUUUCCUAUCACCCUUUUCCGAGAAGACCAGUGUAUGUUUGGAGGACUACUUGCCGCGACGUGAUAGCAUGGAGCACCUGUCGCUGUAUCAAGUGCUAGAGAAGUUGGGUUCUAGCGAGAACGAGGUCAUCGAUGGCAGAUUCAUGAAGUACGAUCCAAGUAAAUUGGAGGAUUGGGACCUCAGUGACAUCAGUAAUUGCGAUUCGAACCAACGUCUCUCUGUCGAGAAUACGUCACGGAUUGAAAACUGUAACAACAAACUUGCGGAAAGUGCGGGACUUUCCGAAGGUGUAGAUGUUGUUGACCAUUCACGAAAUGUUGAAGUCAGGCAAACAGAAUCGACUGAGAUGAAAAUCUCGUGUGUUCAAGAUUUGACUUCAUUGCAAAAACCUGAAUCUUUCGGCAAGGUAGCAUUGCCAAUAAUUGAUUCCGAUAGAGAAUCGAAGUAUACUGAUGAUUGGUUAGCAGAUCAAAACAGAUCAUUAAAAUAUUUUGAUCCUCCUAAGAUGUCGGAAAUCUGUCAAGUACCACCAACUUGCGAGUUAGGAACUUCGCCAGUUAGUAGAGAACCAUUUUUUCUAAAUGAGGCACUUCAUCGCUCGAUUUGUGAUACGAUCGAGGGGUCCUGUAGGAACGGCGCCGUUGUCCGAGAAUCCGAUCGAUCCGACCAAUCGAGGCUGAUCUUCAGCCGUAGCUUAUCGAACGAGAGCGAGCCAUUUGACGAUCCGUACGAGUCGAAGGAGUUGCGUGCACAUUCCGACGUAACGAACAAGUUAAUCAGAACGAUAUCGGAGGAAUCACUGCCGCAGGAGAUGCUGGAGGAAGUCGACGAAGAGAUCGUCGAUUUCUUCGAUGAAAAGUUGGCCAAGGAUGCGACGAACAAAUUGAAGAAAGAUUACCAGGAUCAGCGGGUAAAGACGCCACCACCGAGUCCGGAGCCAAAGAUCAAAGCCCAGAUUCUAGACAAUGAUCAUUCGACCUUGCUCAAAGUUUUAAAUGAUGAGGUAGCCAACGAAAGUAAUCUCAGUUCGAUGACGCCGAGCCUCACCGAGUUGGAAGUAGCACUUUCGGAUAUGUUGGAGAAGGAAGAUCAGUCUGACGAAAUCACAAAGCGAGAGAACACAGACGAGGAAUGUAAACAAACUUCUGCGGAGAAGCUUCUCGAGCCGGAAAUUGUUCCUGUAGAGAAACACAAUGUGAUCGACAGAAAUGUGUCAGAUCAAUGUUCAAUUAACGAUGGCAUUCUAGUCGAUAAUACGCCUGAGAAUAAGACAGAUCGGUUAUCCGUGUCUUUAGAACAGUCCCUUGGAGAUUCGACGUCGACACCGAAGAAAAGAAAAGUGUCCUUCUGCACCUGGGAAGAAAAGGUCAUGAUGGACGUUGAUUUGAAAAAUGACGAGGAAUCGCCAUGUAAUGAAACGGAACAAAAUUUAGAUGAGACGACAAGUUCUGAUUUCAAGGAUUCUGUCGUUAAAUCGGAAUUAAAAUCAAGCUCCGAUUUUUUCGGAAGCAUCGCGACUGAUAUGAAGGACGGUGUAAGUUCUGUGGGAGAAGCACCCGCGAAACCUAAUAGAUUGUUUCAAAAUUUGGAAAACCUAGCGGAGGAUUUAGAGCAAAUUCCUACACCGCCACGAAGAAAGAACAAAAGUUUAGGUGUUACGAAGGAGUCAAUCAGGACUAUAGACGAGUAUCACGAAAAUCCUGAUCCUGGUCUUAAUGACAGACUUAUUUAAUAAUUUCGGAUUACGUGAUCUUGCAAUCUUUCCGCUGUUAUGUGAUUGUUGCGCAAUAAUAUGAUCCUACAAUUUUUGUGCCACAUAAAUUGUUAAUAUGUUUAAUACAUUAAUUCACGCGAUCGCUAUAAGCUAAUAACCAUGUAAUUAUUAAUAAAAAAUAAAGAUAAAAGUA